AAGAGCAGAUUAAGUGCGACUCGGGAUCUCGGAGACAGAAACUGGAAAGAUGGAGCACACUGAAAUGGUCAAGCCAGAGACGCUGGAGGAUCUGAUUAAAAUUCUCCACCAGAUUUUCGAAAGUGACAGUGUCAAUAUUGAGGAGGUGCAGAGUAUUAUGGAGUCAUACGAAAGUAAACCACAGGAAUGGAAGAAAUUUGCAAAAUUUGACCAAUACAGGUAUACCAGGAAUCUUGUCGAUGAGGGCAAUGGCAAAUUCAACCUUAUGAUUCUAUGUUGGGGUGAAGGGCAUGGCAGUAGUAUCCAUGACCAUACAGACUCACACUGCUUCAUGAAGCUCUUGCAAGGCCAGCUGAAAGAGACUCUGUUCGAAUGGCCUGACAGUAAAGGGCAUGGAGACAUGGUCCAGAAAUCUCAGCGCAUCUUGCAGGAAAACCAGUGUGCUUAUAUUAAUGAUUCCAUUGGCCUUCACCGGGUAGAAAACGUCAGUCACACGGAAUGUGCAGCCAGCUUGCACUUGUACAGCCCUCCUUUCCAGUAUUGUCAGACAUUUGACCAGAGAACGGGACAUAAGAACACAGUCAAAAUGACAUUCUGGAGUAAAUUUGGCAAGAAGACACCAUUUGAAACUACAGUCUCACAAGAAAAUAACUGAGAACGGGGAAGACAACUUCACAAAUUAAGGCAUGAUUAAAACAGCAAAGGUGACAUCAUUAUUUUUUUUUUGUAAUACAAAAAUAAUGAUUUGAUACUUUUUGGUAAAUUUGCAAAGGACGUUUGGAAUAGGGACUCGGUAAUUCAAGAGGUUUUGUUAUGACCCAGUGUAAGCUUGGCAAAUGUUGCUGAACACAUUUUAAGGGGCCUGAAUAGCAGACUGUGGCUGGACUGCCUCAGCAAUCUGUUCUUUGUUCACUAGGUUUGAGAAAAGUCCUUCCUAACAGCAUUCCUAAGCGUCUGUGACCUGUAUAAUCAUACUUUUGUACUGUUACUAGGCCUGAAAUUGUUUUGCCUAAACAUGUAAUUUAUGCAAAAAAGGUAUUUUAAUUUUUUUUGCAUUGUGGUCACAAAAAAGUCAUUACCUAAAAAGCUGUUCAUAGAUUUAUAAUACCUCUAUGUAAAAUGGAGCACUUUCUUUUAUUGAUGAGUUAAUUUUGAUGUAAACUGGCAUGGUUUAUGACUUCCACACUGUAACAUUAACCCCUUAAGUAGUCUAAAGACUUGCAUGUAUUUUGCAUGAAUUUAUUUUUUUUAUACAUUUCAUUGUCAGUAAAUUACAUAUGGAACAUUUGAUGUUAGGAGGAACAAAAAUGGUAGUAAGUGUGCUUAGUAUUUUAAGCCUAAGUGUCUUAUUUAAAAUUAAAAUGAAGUCUUACAUAACAGUGAUUUUGUAGGUAAAAGUAGAGUAAAAAUUUAGUUACCACAGUGAAUGAUACAUGUUUUUCUAUAAAUAACGAUACAGUUGAGGAAUUUAUAGGUUUCAAUUUCUAGCAGCACUGCUUAUUCCACCAGCCACACAUUAGGAUGAUGAAAAAGUUUUGCUCUAACUGUACAACAUUAAAUAAUAUUUCUGUGAAAUGUUUCCAAUCAUCUUUGUCUGUCCUGUAUAAUAAAUUCUUUGGUGCUAAUAUCCUGA